AUUUUCCAGAAAUACUCUUUGAUCUUCAAUCUUCUUCCGUCGAGUCGACUUAACGACAGGACCUGUCUCCGGGCAAAGCCCAAUUUGAAACAACAUCUCAAAUUAACAAUCGGAUUGGAUCAAUAUGUCACAAGAAGAAAUUGCGAAGGAAGCUAUAACGCACGCUUUGAAGGCGCUGCGGAAACGGCAUUUGGUUGAAGAAGGCGCUCAUGCUCCCGCUAUUAUCGCUCUUUCUCGGCCCAUAAUUUCUCAGGGGUCAGAAUGGAAAGAGAAAGCUGAAAAUCUGGAAACGGAACUUCAGCAAUGUUACAAAGCCCAAUCUAGGUUGUCGGAGCAACUUGUGGUUGAAGUAGCCGAGUCCAGAGCUUCUAAAAAUUUGUUACAAGAGAAAGAAUCACAAAUUAAUUCUCUACAGGAGGAAUUGGGGAAAAUAAGGGAUGAAUGUUCUCAAUUGAAGACGGAUUUGGAAGAAAAGAUUACAGCUCUAGAAUUAGUUAUGGCGGAGAACAAGGAAAUCCGAGCACAACUAGAAAAAAUGACCAUUAAAGCUAAGGAUGCAGAGGCUGAAAAUAAGAUGUUGGUUGAUCGAUUGAUGCUGCAAAAGAUGCAGGAUGCUGAACGGCUAAACGAGGCAAAUGCGCUUUAUGAAGAUUUGAUGGAACGGCACAAGGCCAGUGGACUGGAGAAUCUUGCGAAGCAGCAAGUAGAUGGUGUUGUCCGCCGAAGUGAAGAAGGUGCUGAGGACUUUAUGGACUCAACUGUUUCUUCUGCAUGCAAACACAAGAUCAAUGCCCACAACGGUGGCUGUGCAUCCAUAUUGUUUGAGUACAACUCUGACAGAUUGAUUAGUGGGGGACAGGACAAGUCAAUCAAACUGUGGGACACAAACACUGGAUCUCUAAGUAAUACCCUUUAUGGUUGCCUCGGCUCUGUUCUUGAUCUUUCUAUUACCCAUGAUAAUAGAUCUGUCAUUGCAGCAAGUAGCUCGAACAACUUAUAUGUAUGGGAUGUCUACUCUGGGCGUGUUCGUCAUAGUCUCACUGGUCAUGCAGAUAAAGUGUGUGCUGUAGAUGUGAGUAAAAUUUCAAGCCGUCACGUUGUGAGUGCAGCUUAUGAUCGCACAAUAAAAGUUUGGGAUUUGCAGAAAGGUUAUUGUGUCAACACCAUCAUUUUCCACAGCAACUGCAAUGCUCUUGCAUUCAGCAUGGAUGGACAAACCAUAUUUUCUGGUCAUGUUGACGGGAAUUUGCGUUUAUGGGAUAUUCAGACGGGAAAGCUGCUUAGUGAAGUUGCUGCACACGCACCUGCAGCUGUCACAUCUAUCUCUCUGUCUAGAGGAGGAAACGUAGUAUUGACUAGUGGACGAGACAACAUGCACAAUUUAUUUGAUAUUCGGUCUCUGGAAGUUUGUCGCUCAUUAAGAGCAACUGGAAAUCGAGUGGCAUCUAAUUGGAGCAGAUCCUGCAUCAGUCCACAUGAGAACUAUGUUGCUGCUGGCUCAGCUGAUGGAUCUGUAUGUAUCUGGUCGAUAUCGAAAGCUGAUAUAGUCAACACUCUGAAGGAACACAGUGCCCCAGUUCUGUGUUGUUCGUGGAGUGGCCUCGGGAAACCUCUAGCAUCCGCUGACAAGAAUGGAAUUGUUUGUAUUUGGACAUGAUAGUUCUAUUACACGUGUAAAUAUGUCGAAACUGAAACGAUUAUUCAGGUUCCUGAUUUUAUUAUCAACCAUUCAAAAGAUUCUUGACGUUGAAUAUAAUACUAGACAUUUGAUUUUGGGUAAGAGCAGGUGAGCAGUGUUAGUAUAUAGUGGGCAAUAAUGUGUUACAAUUGGGAAAACAAGUAAAAAGUUGGGUUCUGCCUGCGUAAAUAGGCGGGUAUGUUGAUGAAUUACAAGCUAUUGUCUUACUUGAUAGAAGGAAUUUGUCC